UUGCCUCCGUUCUGGAAUUUCAUCAGAAGAGAAGAUGGCUUGAAGAGAAUAGCAACGAUCAAUCUGACUCCUCUCUCGUUCUCAUCAAUCCGCCUCCUCUCUCGAAUCUCUUUCUUUGACUCGACGGGGCAGAUGUGGAAGGAGCAGACGGUCACCGGGAAGCCUGCUGGGUUCUUCGUGAGUACGGGGACUCAGGGAGGUGGACAAGAGACCACUGCAUGGACAGCAAUCACACAGCUGGUGCAUCACGGGAUGCUAAUCGUCCCCAUAGGCUACACAUUUGGAGCAGGAAUGUUCAAAAUGGACUCGAUCCAUGGAGGCUCACCUUAUGGAGCCGGUGUGUUCGCUGGUGAUGGCUCAAUAGAAGCUACGGAGACAGAGUUGGCUCUUGCUGAACCUCAAUGAAAACCUCAAUGAGGUUCAUUUUCUUUCAAAUCAUU